AGAGAUGAUUGAAGUUUAACCCAACAAAAUAUGAAGCAGAGUGAUGGAAAAAAAAAAAAUCCAAAGAAAAGAAGAAGAAAAAAACGCAGGAAGAUUGAAUGGAGCGGAUGGGCAGCGGUGUGGUUUCUUGGUUGAUGAGAAUCGGAGAAUCGAAACCCGGUUCUGCUCAGGAUCCCGUUGAUAACUUGGCUAUGUUUAUCAUUCUCAUAUGUGCUUGUAUUAUUACCGGUCAUCAACUCAAAGGAUUUCGAUGGAUUAACGAGCCUAUUAUUGCUAUUUUUUUCGGUUUGGGUACUGGAAUUACUCUACUGGUGCUUACGGGUGGAAAGAGCUCGAAGAUACUUGUAUUCGAUGUAGAGCUCUUUUUUACAUAUUUCUUGCCCCCUAUUAUAUUUAAUGCUGGGUUGCAGGUGAAGAAGGAGCAUUUUUUCAAGAACCUCAUGAAUAUUAUGUUGUUUGGCGCUUUUGGGACACUCAUAUCUUUCUUCAUCACAUCAUUUGGUUCGAAACUUUUUUUCGAGACAUUGGGAAUAGGCAAUUUUGAGCUUAAAGAUUAUCUUGCAAUUGGAGCCAUCUUUUCAGCUACGGAUUCCAUAUGCACCUUGCAGGUUCUUAAUCAGGACGAGUUGCCGUUACUGUACAGUCUAGUUUUUGGGGAAGGAGUGGUGAAUGAUGCGACAUCUGUUGUCCUCUUUAACGCAAUUCAGAAGUUCGACCUCUCCCAUAUUAACGCUAUGAUUGUCUUCAAGUUCAUUCGACAUUUCUUUUACUUAUUUACAGCCAGCACUCUGUUGGGCGUUGCCAUUGGAUUGCUUAGUGCCUACAUUAUUAAAAAGUUGAACUUUGGAAGAGAUUCAGCUUAUCACGAGUUGGCUCUCAUGAUUCUCAUGGCUUACCUUUCUUAUAUUUUGGCCGAGCUCUUCGAGUUCAGCGGAAUUCUCACAGUGUUCAUUUGUGGAAUUGUUAUGUCACACUACACAUUGUAUAAUGUGAAUACACUUUCUAGAGUUACCGCCAUGCAUGCUUUUGCAACGAUGUCGGUUAUUGCCGAAAGAUUUAUCUACCUCUAUCUGGGUAUGGAUGCAUUAGACAUUGAAAAAUGGAAAGCUGUGAGCAAAAGCCCUGGAAGCUCUGUUGGAACAAGUACAAUGAUGCUAAGCCUAGUUAUGCUCGGGAGAGCAUCAUUCGUUUUCCCUUUAUCCUUUUUGUCCAACUUACUAACCAAGUCUGAGCGUGACAAACUCAGCCUCAAGCAACAGUUCGUAAUUUUCUGGUCUGGUCUAAUGCGAGGUGCUGUUCCCAUGGCUCUGUCUUAUAAUCAGUUUGGAAAAUCUGGCGACGAUAAUAAGCAGCAAGCGAAUGCAAUCAUGAUUACAUGCACAAUCACUGUAGUCAUGUUCAGUACAGUGGUUUUUGGAUCGUUAACGACGUAUCUUAUAAGGCUUGUGCUCCCUCCAUCAGACUUUGAAAACAAUACACAUUCUUCGGAACCUCGUAGCCCUUCAAGCUCUACAAUUGAUAUACUGCCCUUUCUCAGCAAUUAUACUAUACAAGAUUUGGAAGAAGACGAUCGGAUAAGCUCUAGAAAAAUUUCGCGUUUAGUCUUGUUUCUAAGCUCCCCAUACAACUCGGUCCAUUAUUACUGGAGAAAAUUCGACAAUGCAUUUAUGCGCCGUGUGUUUGGUGGCAGGGGAUUUACUGUGCACCUUACUAGCUCACCUGAAGAAACAUUGGAACAUUCACUAUUAGUUUAGAUAUAUUUUCAAGUGCUUUUGUUCCUUUUUUUCGUUUAGUAUAGUGCGUGUAUAGGAUGCCACGUGUACAUACGACUUUUUAGUUUUUAACCAUGUAUUCCGGGCCGGUCCUGAAAACUUUGGGCCCUAGGUGCUUUCAAUGAUAUCCUGAAAUUGGGGCUCCUUUUAUAUUUUCUUCUAUGCAAAAAAAUAAUUUUUUUCUUAAA